GAGACGAUACCUGCCCGGUGCAGAGAGCAGCUGCAGGAUUCCGAGCAUUACGGCACUUUAACAAAUGUAGCCGACUGGGGAUAUUUUUAAGUAGCGUUAACUUCAGCCUUUAGCUAUAUUAACACGAGCGCGUUAUAUCUCUGCUGUGUGAAGUACACUCUGUCGUGAAGCGAGCUAAUUUUUAAAGCUAGCAAGCUAGGUAGAUACCUCAACUAGCAUAUUAGCUAAAGCCACAUGUUACAUAUAAGUUUCCGUCCUCUUCUCUUCCACUCAGAUAAGAAUAUAUAUCGAUAUGGCACGUAGGAAAGAAGUAUUUCAAUCAAAAGUACUCCAGAAGCUUUACCCUGCAGCUCCCAAAUUGGAGAAGCAGCCCAGCCCACCACACAUUGAGGAGGCCCUUGCCAAAAAAAUCUAUGUGAAAAGAAAAGCCUCUCCAGAGGACACUGCCACUGGAGAUGCAGGAAAGGCACAGGGUGCAGCCAAUCCGGGCAGGCGGAUGUACACGGUCCUCCCUCCUCCCGCAAACUACAAGACAGAUUCAGAGAAAUCCGUCACACUCCCCCAGCUUGAAAGCAUAAAUAGUGCCGAGGACCCAGCUGAGGAAAGCGCCCAUGACAGCAGUGAAGAACUGGACCAAAAUAAAGAGGAAGAAGAGCAACAGAAAAGAAAAAGCAGAAGAAGGAAAAGGAAACCACCCCUCCAUCAAGACUCAAGGAAAGAUAGAGCAGCUCCGGUGCGCGAAUCCAGCACGGGCCAGAGUCAGACGUCUGUGGAUGAGGGAGGAGAGCGCAUGAGCAGGAACAAGAAGAGGAAGCUGAAGAAGAAACGGCACAAAGAGAAGCUGCUCGCCAUGGGUUUGAUGCCCCGGGCGGCUGCCCUGGAGUUCACAUACAAAAACGAUGGGGAGGAAGAGGAGGAGGAUAAUGAGAGGAGAGCUGCUGAGGUGUCAGACUUCCUGAGGACAACAAUGGAAAUCUAUAUGUCAGACUCCUCAUUGUGUGAAGACAAGCUUCCUCUCCUGUCUGAGACGCUGGAUGAGCUCCUGAGGUCCAUAACCAGUGGAUGCAAGCCCACCUCUGUCCUCAGGCAGCUCUACAGUCUCAAGGCCUUUGUUCAGCAGAAAGAGACAGACAAACUGGAAAAGGCGCUGGAGGAGCUCCACAACACGUCUCUUAUGUCUGCAGAGGAAACCACUACAGUCAUUUCACUGUUCCAAUACUGGAUCACAGACAUUCUUCCCAUGCAGGGAGCCAAGAAGACAGGGCUUCCUACAAUGCACCCCUGAGACUGUCAGUCAUGCUGACACAGACGCUCUGCUGAAGUAUUACUUCCGCUGUUCUCCAUCACUUUAGACAAGUUCUUGAAAUGUUCUACUCAUUUGCUGGAUUUUACAAUGUUGGACUUUGUGUG